AUGUUGCAGGGCACAGCGUACACUGCGGGUGGGGCCUCUGAUGACGAGGACGAGCUGAAGGCUCUGGGUGCCAAUGAUGGCACCGCCAUGACCCUUGGGCCAGGUGGUGGUGAUAAUGAGGUCUUGGAGCAGCUCGGUGACGGGGUUCACGCCAGCACCAGCGGCCGGCAGCUGGAGGGCACAGGUGCCCAAGCACCCCACGCAGACUACUAUGCAUCACAGGGCAUGCCAGCCCCUGCUGGUCCAGACGUGGCUGCCUUCACUGCAGCCGGCAUACAGUUUAAGGAGGUGAAUGGAGCAGCCCUGCGGUAUAUGGAUCCAGGACAGAGAGCUGAGCUGAAUGCCAUGCGAUCUGCAUUAGGCUCAGACUACGAGGCACGCCUCCGCAAGGAAGCAGGGCCUGAUGUUGGAAAGAUGCAAAAGCGAAAGCACCAGAUCGGAUCGCUAUUCCAGCAGGCCAAGCUGCAAGAGUUGGAGAUGCUGGAGAAGGUAUGA